AUGGGUUCUGCUGGCCAGAAAAGGCACACUAGCUCACCAGGGACCCAGUCCCAGUCAAACAUCUUCCUUCAUAAUAAACGUCUUCGUCUUCAGUUUCUUCAGCAAGUCAAUGAGUUGAAGGCUGGGAGUGUCACCAAAGAUUUCAAGGCAAUCAUUGCUAAACGGCGUGAACUUUUUGGCAUCAUAGAAAGGCUACGACAAGUACCUAUCAAACAGCUUUAUUCCAGUCCACUUCCCAAAUCAUCCGAUGCAAGACUAGAUAACUUUGGAAAAAUUGGGAGCAGUUAUAGUCCAGAUAAUGUUAUCGACUUGGAUGCAGACGAAGACAAUGUUGAAUAUCACACCCAAGUUAAUGCAGGCAACACUGAGGCUGGUUCAACAGCUUCAGCAGUUGAUUCAGGCGACAAGGACAGGGUUAAAUCCUUCGGUGAUGAGAAUUCAUCUUCUAAUCAAAAUGGUAAUUACAUCCAACAGAACCCGCUGCUUGAGCACCCUGUCGGACAUCAGGAAAUCAUCAGGCCGGACAAUUGCAAUAGCAGUACUGAACCACAGGCUUUAGUUAAGCAAGUGAACGACGGCAUGGAUAAUGACGAUGUUUCUGCUGAGGCCAAAAAGAUUGUUCUAUUUGACAGCCACAGUACUUCUGAGCAGCAGCCAUUGAUGAAGCUAGCACGUGGAAACAUAUACACUAAUACUGAGAAUGGUCUUAAAGAGAAAGGAAAGAUUGGAAGAACCAUAGCGAAACAUGUUGGUUCUUAUGAAGUAUCUUUUGAAAUUCUACAAAAUGAACCACAGAGCAACGAGGGUAAUCACCAUGAUAAUGGUAGCCCGGUUGAUGAGCUGGAUGAUCUGUGGAUGGGCAUGUCAGUUGCACUUGCAUGUUCAGAGACCAAUCAAGUUAGUCUGAGUAUAGUUCCAUUUGAGAGUAACUCUGAGGAAACAGAGGAUGCAUGUAGCCAUGACUUCCUGUUGAAAGAUGAUUUGGGCAUGGUGUGCCGUAUUUGUGGUCUGAUCCAGCAGCGCAUCGAGAAAAUUUUUGAGCAUUCAUGGAAAAAGCGCAAUCAAGCGUACAGAACGUACCCCAAAAAACAAAGAAACUCUAGUGAUCCAGAUGCAACUAUGAAUGCUCUAGGAACUAUUUUAAGUGUUGCACCUGAUACUCUGUCAAUGCACCCUCAACAUUCAGAACAGAUGAAACCUCACCAAGUGGAGGGUUUCAAUUUCUUGAUUAAGAAUCUGGCAGAUGAGGACAACCCAGGAGGGUGUAUUCUAGCACAUGCGCCUGGUUCUGGAAAGACAUUUCUGCUGAUUAGUUUUGUCCACAGCUUUCUGGCCAGAUUCUUGAAGAUGCAGAGAUCACGUGCAAUCAUGAAGGGUAUACUGACUAAGGUGGACAUGUCAGGGAUGGCUAUGCGGUCGAAAACCAUAUCAGAAAAGGUUUUCUAUGAAUUGAUUGAGGAGAAUCUUCAGAAGGAUUCCAAAACAAUGCGGGUGAUGAUUAUCCAGAAUCUACGCAAGCUAACUGAAAAUAUUCUCCACUACUACCAAGGUGAGAUCUUGAAGGAGCUACCUGGACUUGUGGAUUUCACAGUUUUGCUAAAUAUGAGUAGCAAACAGGAAGAUAUCAUCAAGGGUUUGGCAGGACUGAAAAGAUUUGAAGCACAUGCAAAAUGCAAUGCUGUUUCACUUCAUCCAUGCUUAAAGGAUGUCAAGAUUGUUGACAAGAAAAAUAGAAACAUCAGCAAAAGGAUGAUGGAUUCAAUUGUAUGUGGAAUUGAUAUCAGUGAUGGGGUGAAGGCAAAGUUCAUACACAAUCUGUUGUCACUUUCAGAAGCUGUAGGAGAGAAGGUACUUGUGUUCAGCCAGUAUGUUCGCUCUCUUCAUUUCUUGGAAACCUUGUUCACCAAAAUGAAAGGAUGGAAGCCAGGAGUUAACACUUUCCUGAUGGAUGGCAGUUCAACUCAAGAGCAGCGAGAGCAAGCAAUUGAGAGGUUUAACAACUCACCUGAAGCUAAAGUCUUCUUUGGUUCCAUCAAGGCUUGUGGGGAGGGGAUCUCCCUCUUUGGUGCAUCCCGCAUUGUCAUUUUGGAUGUUCAUGAGAAUCCUACUGUGAUGCGCCAGGCAAUCGGACGGGCAUUCAGACCGGGGCAGUCUAGAGUCGUGUACUGUUACCGCCUCGUUGCUUCUGGCUCGUCAGAGGAGGAGGAUCACCACACCGCCUUCAAGAAAGAGCGAGUGUCGAAGCUGUGGUUCGAGUGGGAUGAGCUCUGCAGCAACGAGGAUUUUGAGCUGGCCAAGGUUGAUGUUUCAGACUGCAAGGACAUGUUUCUUGAAAGCCCUGCACUACAAGCAGACAUCAAAUCCCUAUUUAAGAGGUGA